CGUUAUUAUGACGGGUCCGCGCCCGCGCCCGCGCCCGCACCCGCGCGUCGCUGUGUAUCAUAUGUGUUCCGGCGAGUCGUGUGGCAGGCUUCUCGCGCGAGCCGAACAUCUCGACGAGUAAUGGCGCUAAUGCCAGAACGUUAAGGUGUGAUCCGGCAGACAAGCAUGACAAGAUGGUAACACCCUGUGGUGCAUCGGGAGGCGAUACGUUUCCGCAUACGUGAGCUACGAUCGAGGCGGGACGGGCGGUACGGGGAGGUUUGGGCUACGAUGAGUACUGACAGUCAUGAUCAGACGAAGUCCUGCAAAACAGCCGUCAGGAGCGAAGAGGAGAGCGCGUUCGAUGGCAAACGGAUUAAAAAAGAGUACAAUGACAUUUGCGUGGAGAAUGGCGACACCGUCUCCGCCUCGACCACAGCCGCCACCGUCGUCGCUGCCACCGCCGUCGUCGAGAAGCGACAGCAGUCUUCUCUGCUACCGCCGUCGCCACCGCCGCCGCCGCCACCACCACCACCGCCGUCGACGGUGCCGGCCGGCAGGUUCGUUUCGAAUGGCUUUCAUGAGGAUAAUGGUCCGCUGCAAGACAUCGUUGCGACGAAAUUCGCGACGCUGGCCAACCAUAGCACUUCCAAGCAGGACAAGAUUCGGAUCAUGAUCGAGGAUGGCAUCAGCGAAGAAUCCAAGGUGCGCGUGCAGGAGAUUUUCUCACAGAUGGAACGACUCAAGACAGAAGAAAAAUUAUUAUUGUACCUGAAACUUCCAUUAUUGCUGACAAAUCCAAGUGGAACCAUCGAUCCACUGAGGCAGCCAUUAAAUCCAUUAGGAAAUCGUUAUGAAAUUCAUCAGACCAUUAUGUGGAUCAAGACACAUCUAGAAGAAGAUCCAGAUGUCUCCUUGCCGAAACAGGAAGUCUAUGACGAGUAUAAUGUCUAUUGUAUAAGAAAUUCUAUGAAACCAUUAUCAACGGCGGACUUUGGAAAAGUUAUGAAACAAGUAUAUCCGCGAGUACGUCCUCGUAGACUGGGCACGCGGGGCAACUCUCGCUACUGCUAUGCGGGAAUGCGCAAGCGAAUUAAAUUGGACCCUCCGACACUGCCAAAGAUAUCUGGCCCUCAAACUGAAGAGCACUCGGAGGAAAACAUUACCGAAGAAAUGUUAGGCGCUGCAUCCACCUUGAUAAGAGAAUGGGCAGAAAACUUGUUAGGCCUGAAAUUUCCAAACUUGAGUGCCUUAGCGCGGCAUCUUGUUGAUAACCUUUGCGUCGAUAUUCGAUCUCUGGCUGCUGUGUGCAUUUUGUCCGCCUCAGUUGAGCCUAAAGCUUUAUCUAAUAAAGAGCCAACUUCUGAUCUACCAACUACGCCUACAAGUAGUAAACCUGCGAAACUCCGGGAGGCUCAAUUGCAGUUGCAACGUAAGCUUCAGCAACGAGAACAUAUAAGGGAUCAGAAGCAUCGUCAUCUGGACACUAUUGUACAGAAUAAAGAAAAAACUGUCGACGGUAAAGGAAAUAUCACUAAAGGAUGCAAGAAAGUCAAGUCUAACCAGUCACCUCAAGGUACAAACGUAUCAGCAACAACAGUGGCCGCGCAAAACUCCCUGGCAAAGUUAAACCUAUCCGCUAUAGUUUACAACCGGCAAAAGAAAGUAUCGAAAACUUGCAACCAACAGCAGCAACAGCAACAGCAACAGCAGCAGCAGCAGCAGUCCUGCAAUGUCUCCCUGGAGUCUAACUGUGAUAAUGUAGUGGUACAAUCAGGCGAAGACGGACAGAGUAAUAGCAACUCUAGAAUAGUAGCGAACGUGCAGCGCGACGUCAAAGGUAAACAUUCUAGGAAACGUGCCAAUAAUCCAAUCGUAGCACAGCAGGAGCCCAGCCCUGAGAAGCAAACGAAGCUCACAGACGAGAGCCCAGAGCAUUCCAAUGUUUUACUACCCAAGUUAACGUCCAUCCAACGCGCCGGCAAGAUAUCAGUGAUACUGGCCGGCAAUACGAAAUUGAUCAAGUGCAAAGCGGUCGGUGAAGCUGCGGAUAAUAGCCAGCCUGCGAAAAACUGUGAUAUCGACUCGUUGAGGAGCUGUUCCGCCGUGAGUACGGUGGACACGUCCUCAGGACUCCUCACGAAGGACCAGAUCCGCCUUUUACAGGACGCGCCGGUCUUGAAAGGCGAGAAGCUCCGCGGCAUCGACACGGAUGCCCUGGACGAUUAUCUGAACGGCGGGAACAAUUCGCAGGAGCAGGAGGAGGAGCUGCUGCAGUAUUUCCAACAGAGCAGCUCGUCCAGCUCCGAUGUGGAGACCGGCGUGGUCAGUUCGGAUGCUGAGCAGGUCUCUCGAUCGGACAAAGUGUCGCAGCUGCGACUGAUGCUGCAGCAGAAUCUAAAAGCGCCCGUUGUCGCCGCCGACCUGCUACCUACGACCGUUGUUCGGCAGAGCAUCGCCAGCAUCGAGAAGCGAGAUCCUUCGCAGAAACAUAAUAUCAUACUACCGACGCUUCUCAAUCAUCCUAACCCGGCCAGCACGCGUCGUCGCGUCAGCUUCGAAACUAACGUCAUCGAGCAUGUCCAAGAGACGACGGCGCCGGUCGUCAACACCGUGCCACAGAGCCCGAAUACGCGACGCAGGAUAUUCAACUUCACGCCGAUCUCGCCCGGGCCGCAUUCUCCGAUCAAUGGCCGCGCGUCUAAAUCGAGCUCGGCGAACGCGAGUCCGUUCGUGUCACCGCGCAACACUCCGGUACCAAGGUCGCGCAGUAAUCUGCAAGCCAGCAGCUCAAGAUCGCGCGGCCAGAAGAUGCUCGCUCGCUCCAUCUCUUGUGGCGUACCGUACACCAACAAAGGCACCGAUACUUUCAUCGUACCGACUUCUAGUGGCACGGAAGCUGCGCUUUCGCGACAUGCCUCUGUGGCAACCAUCAAGUCAUCGGAGGUUCUGCCAAAGGUAACCCCGUGCACAUUUUUGGAUCUGAUGCCUCAGAAACAGCUGUUGAUCAAUUACCCGAGUCAAGAGAAUCUACAGGAGAUCAAGAAUGUGUACCAAAAGGGUCAGCCACCUCCGCCCGACCAAGAGAUCACGGAACUCCUACACUCCGGCAGAAACUUGAGCAACGAACAAUUGUUCUGUAGGUCUCAGUCAGUGCCGUUGCACAGGAUGGUGAAUCCUGCGUCUCUGAUGUCUCCGAUCUCCACGCAUUAUUGCUUGUCGACGGUGCAGAGUCAGAGUUUCAAUCCGUCGACCAGCAGUUCCGUCGCACCCACGCCAGUGCCAAGCGAAUACAACGACUUUGGCUCCUCCAUCGGACAAGAAGGAGCGUAUUUGUUGGACGACACCAACUUUAUGUCGGAGCAGCAGUUCUUGAUGACUGACAAAGGAAUCACUUCGGAGAAUAUCAGUAACAUCCUGACAAUCUUGGACGAAGAGGACCAGCCGGGUUUGCAGAUACUGCCGGAGCAGACAACGGAGGAGUCGUUGAAUAGUGCGAUCGUUUUGGACGUUUUGCCGAACGCGACUCUAAAUCUGUCGGAGGAAGACAUGCUGGACGCGUCGAGUAUUCUCACUGACGCUGGUGGUACGCUGCAAAAAAUUAUUCAAUCACGAUCCUACCCGAACACUCCACUGCCGGCAGCGGUGUCAGCAUUCACCCCGUCAUACACCGAGGACAGUAACGGCUCCAGGUCGUACCCAUCGACUCCACUACAUACGAUGCAGUCUCAAGAUGUGUAUCAGGAUCCUGGCGAGCCGAUACUCUCCAGUCCCACCCUGAAUUCUUUGAGCUUACAGGGCGAUGUCAACACUACCGCUAACAACAACAACAACACCACCUCCACAAACACCGCCACCACUACCAUCAGCACCACCUCAACUACGACCGCCACGACCAACACUACUAUCAUCAUCACCAGCACCAACACCUCCAUCGCCACCACCGCCACUUCCGCAACCGCCACUGUUGCCGACGCCGAUGACGUUGACGCUGUCGUCGCCGUUGUCUCCUCUUCUUCCAGUAGUCUCUGCAGAAACGUGGCAGACUUACUGGAAGCAAGCUUUCUCGAAGAAGCCGACACGGAGACCGACGAUCUGGAUCCUCUCGGUAAUUUUGACGGCCUGCAAGAUGUGGACUCGUUGACACCGCUGUUCAACGACGUCACUGAGCCUAAUCGCUGAGAGAAUAUUCCCCCGAUGCAAUUUUACAUUCGCACGUCGAAAGGUGUGGCAAAAGUGUAGACUGUUGUUUUGGUCCAGUGGCUCUCACACACGAUUGUAUUAUCUAAUAGAACAUUUUUAGAGUAGAGAAUUAGCAACAGAAUGUAUAAGUGAAUUUUAAUAAGUACUGAAAAAUUAUCUGGUUUUAAGAUAUAGGAUACCUCGGAUAGUUUUGCCGAGUCUAUUGCGAUGUAAUUUAAUCGUACGACAGUUUCAAGUAUUUUAGUUAUUAUUUUUUACUACUGAUUGUGUAUAGAUUCUUUGUAAAGGAAAUGAUUUCAGCUUAUAGUAAAUAUUUUGAAAUAUGCAAUUUACUAUUCAGGCUGUAUCAAUGACUGUUUCAUCUUUAUCGCAAUAAAGGGUAGUAUUGAAAUA